GAAAAACUAACGUCACCACUCGGAAUCAUAUUAUAGAUCAUGUUUCAUCGACAUGUCUGCCCUCGCUGGCUUUUUCACGGAUUUCUGUUGUUUUUCUUGUACUCUGUGGGAAAGUCUGCAACAACACCAACAGCAAAAGACGAUUCUGUGGAUAAACUGGACAAUACAAUCAUAUAUAUCAUUGUGGGCGUUGGUCUGCUUUUUCUGUUCACUGUUACCAUCGUGGUUAUCGUGUCUUUAUACCAGAUGAAAGAUUCUCCUGGAGCUCAGGUUGCUAAAGGGGUUGAAAGGAUGGAUGGCGCCCAAAGACGAAACGAGGUCCAAGGAGGAUAUCCUUCAACUACUUUAGGGCAAUUAGAGACUGCAGCGGCAAUAAUUCAUAGACAAAGUGGUUACCCCAGUGCUCUUUCUGACGGGCGACCGGUAGUUGUAAAUACAAACGUCCAGAGGUAUAGCGGCGUUUCCAAUCCAAGACAAUCUACGGCAUCAGAUCGGCCAGGACCAGAAGUCUACGUAUUAAAUGAUCACCAAAGAAAUAGCAGGAUCUCCCAGGAUGGAGCUUUCCAAUUAAGCCCGAUCAUUCCCGAAGAGCGACCGACGUGGUGGGAAAUACCCCAGGAUAAGCUGAAGAUCUACUGGGACAAUGUUCUUGGGUCUGGACAAUUUGGAGUCAUACUAAUGGGAGAGGUGAUCAAAGGGCGCCGAGAAAUUAUUUGCGCUGUGAAAACUUUAAAACGAGAAGCGACGACAAACGAAAGAGAAAGUUUGAAAACUGAAUUGAAGAACAUGUCCAAUAUGGAUUCUCAUCCUUACAUUGUGAAUUUGAUUGGAGCUCAAACAAGAGAUGGUGAAUUCAAUGUGGUGGUAGAAUACUGUGCCAACGGUGACUUGUAUAAUUACGUGAAAAAGAACAGACUUGAUCUAUCCUCGCAGGGCCUUAAGGGAACUGGCACGACGAUAGAAUACGUCACCAGAUUGAGAAUUUCAUUCGACAUCGCGAAUGGCAUGGCUUACCUGGCGACAAAAGGGUUUAUUCACCGUGAUCUCGCAGCCCGCAAUGUGCUGCUGGAUGGAGAACUACGAGCGAAAGUCUCUGAUUUUGGUCGGUCUCGUGACGUCAGCGCUACUUUCAAAACUAUUCAAAGUUUUCGCAAGAACGAGCCAGUCCCAACAAGAUGGAUGCCUGUGGAAACAUUGCGUAAGCAGGAAUUCACCUCAAAGAGUGACGUAUGGUCCUUUGGAGUUUUACUAUGGGAGAUCGAAAGUGGAGGUAUCCGGCCGUACAAUGACUUGGACACUUACAGGCAAGUUGUAAACAAAGUGGUUAACGAGGGGUACAGAUUGCAAAAACCUUAUUACUGUCCAGACGUCAUCUACGAGAUAAUGAAAGAAUGUUGGAAAAUUGACCCGGACGAGAGGCCAACGUUUACGCAGAUCGCCACAAAUCUUGGCAACUUGCUACAGGCAAACAUGCCUAGCCAAAUACAUUACACCACAAUGCCCACUUUGCCUCGUGCAUAAAAAGAUUUAUUUUAUAACUGUAGCUAAUAAAUUCCAAUGAUUGAAACCAGGCCAUUUC